AAGCUAUAUAUACUUUUGAAAAUAAUGAUAAUGUCAAUAUUAAUACUAAUGAAGAUGAAGAAAUUACUACUAGUAGCUCAGAUUUUUUAUUUGCAAAUCAAGUAGAAAGUGCUGAUACUAAUUUAUAA